AUGUCUACCAACACCACCACCACGAACCAACAUGAACAUAUCAAUAGUGAUACUGACGAUGAUCGUGUAUACAAUGCUUUAGACUACGUACCACAAAAACAACCUCAUCAUCGUCAUCGUACGACUACAAUUAGUUCAAUUGCUUCAUCUAUUGUUACCAAUUUAGUUACUCGACCUUGUUGGUGUCGUCGGUAUUCAACUUUUGUGGUUAAAUAUUCAUGGUGCUUUUUAUUACUUGGAUCAUCAAUAUGUAUUGCUCUUGGUUUAGCAGCAGUAUUACUACGAGAUUUACCAGAUUUUAAUGAUCCAACAAAAGGUUUUAUUCCACGUGGCAAACAAACAUUAACGUCACGUUUAUUUGUAUUAGAAAAAAUUAAAAAUGAACUCGAUAGACAAAUGGCUGCUGCACGACUAACAAGUAAAAGUAACAUAUUAUCGGUAACACAACAAAAUAUUUCUUCCAAUCAAUUUGAUAAUGAUGACGAAGAAGAAGAUGAUGAUAGUGAUUAUGAUAAACCGUCGAGUAUAGCAACUUUUCUAGAAGAUUAUAAAAUUUAUCAAAAUGACUGUGCUUUUAAAUCAUCAAGUCAAACUAAGUGUUUAAGUAAUAAACAAGUAUCUCGAUUAUUAAAAAAUCGUCGUGAUUUUAUGAAAAUAUCUAAAACAAUUGAAAAACAACUUAACAAACCAAAUGAACAUAUGUGCACUUCAAUUGAUUUAAAUCGUCAUUACGAAGUCUAUUUUGAAUCAAGUGUUGAAUCAUCUCGAAAUUUAUUAACACUUGAGAAUCUUUUAUCAUUAUGUAAAAAACAAAAAGAACUUGUUAAUUUAUUUGAAUUACAUUCAACAUGUCAUUAUACAUUACCAGAAAUGAUUGCUUAUUUUUCAAAUAAAACUGAUUGUCAAGAGCUAACACAAAAUGAUAUAAAAAGAUUUAUUAAUCGUAUGCAACGUUGCCAUGCAUUAUAUGAUACAGGUCUUAUACGUACAGCUGGUUUAAAACGUUAUCGUGAGAAGCCAUUGGAAUUAUUUCAAUAUGAUUCGUGUUUUUUUAAUAACUUUACAUUUUUAACAUUAGAAUAUUUAGUAGAUAAAACAUUUUUAUCAACAAAUGAAACACGUUUUACAGCUAUGUGGUUCUUAAAACCUACUAAACCAAUAAAAACAGAAAAUGGAACUGAUACUCAUACAUCAGAGACUGCAUAUGAUUUAUUUAUUCAACAUUUUUAUAAAAAUCCAAAAUUUGAUGAUGGAUUAACUCGAAUAUCUGCAUUAAAUUUUUUGGAUAUUCGAAUUCCAGCAGCAAUGAAACAAAUUCGUGUUGAUAUGUUUUUCGUUAUUUUAGCUAUUUCAUUAAUUGUUGCAGUAACAGUAAUUUAUCUUCGUUCAAUAACAGUUGCAUUAAUGACAAAUAUAUGUGUUAUUUUAUCAUUUGCUUGUGCAUAUUUUGCAUAUAAAAUCAUAUUAGGUAUUGAAUUAUUUCCAUAUAUUAAUUUAAUGUCAUCGUUUAUAUUAAUUGGCAUAUCAUGUGAUAAUGUAUUUGUUAUAUUUGAUGCAUGGUAUUCAGAAAAAUUAGAUAUUUAUAAUGAAGCACGUUUAAAAAAUCGUCAAGUAGAAUUUUAUGGAAAAUUAACAGAUAAACAAGAAAAACAAUAUCGUCGUGAUCGAGAAUUUACAGCAUCGGUUAUCCGACAACGUUUAAUAGCAAGAGAUGAUCCUAAUCAUCAUCCAUCAAAUGAAGGCGGAGAAGAAGAACAUUUUGAUUUAAUUAAAAAUACAGAUUUAGUAAGAAUAAUGAAAGUUAAUGAUGAACAAAUGAUACAAAUGAUGGAAGGAGUUUUAAGACAUGCAGCAGCUAGUGUUUUUGUUACAAGUUUUACAACAUCAGCAGCAUUUUUUACUAAUAUGAUAUCACGAAUUGCUUAUGUACAAUUAUUUGGUUUAUUUAUGGGACUUUGCAUAUUAUUUAAUUUUCUUAUGAAUAUAACAAUGAUUGUAUCAUUUGUAAUAAUCUAUGAAAAAUUUUGUGAACCCUUAUCUAAUCGUCUUGGUAUAUUUAAUCAUUUUCCUGAAUUAUUUGAUAAAAUUAUGUUAACAUUAACACGUCUUAGUCAUGCUAUAUUUACUGUUUAUAUUCCACGUUUAAUUAUAAAACUUCGUUAUAUAUUAAUAAUAAUUUUUUUCAUUCUUGGUGUAAUUGGUUUAGUGGUUGUAUUUCAUCAUCCAAAAUUAUCUCCACCAAAAUCUCGUCGUUAUCAAUUUUUUCAAUUAUCACAUCCAUUUGAACGUUUUGAAUAUCAAAUGCGUGAUGAAUUUUUAUCAUAUAUUAACGAAGAUAAAGAUAAUGUUACUAAUCCAUUAUUAAUAUUUGUAUUUGGUGUUGAAGAUACUGAUUUAGUACAUCCAUUUUAUCCCGAUCGCAAAAGUUCAAUUACUAAUGAAACAAUGAUUUAUAAUAAUAAAAUUGAUUUUUAUGAACCAGAAACAUUACGUUGGUUUGAUUCAUUUUUAAAAGAUCUCAAUCGGAGUGAAUUAUUUGUUAAUGUCGAACAAACAUAUUCACAAUGGUUAACAAUUGGUCAUUUAUUACAUGGAUUUUUAAAUCCUAAUUCCAGAGGUGAUUCAUCAUAUAAUGAAAACGAAUUUUUUAUUCCAGCAACACGAAAUGAUACUGUUCUUGCAAUGAAUCGCUUAUUUAAAUUUUUUAGUGCAUCUAAUCAAGUAUCAGGUGAUCGUGCAAAUGAUGAUUUUCGUCUCGGAUUUUUACCGGAUGGUAAAACACAUGAUUUACGUGCUCUUUUAUUUCUUGUUAAUAUGAAUGUAACAUUUGAUGCAUAUUCAGUUCAAGAUGCAUAUUAUGGAAAAUUACAUCAUUACUUUGAUCAACGUUUAGAACAAUUAAAACUAUCCGAAGGUCCAGAUGGACAUGUUUAUGAACAAGUUAAACAUGGUUGGUUUGUUUCACCUCAAUUUUUAUUUUAUGAUUUAAUGCGUGAAGUUAUUCGUGGUACAUAUACAUCAUUAAUAUUUUCCAUGUUAUUUGCUUUUGUUGUACUUUUAUUAACUUCUGGGAAUAUUGUUAUAACAUUAUAUGCUAUUUUAACAAUUAUAUUUAUCAUAGCUGAUACAGUUGGUAUAUUUGUAUUAUAUGGUUGGGAAUUAAGUAUUCUUGAAACAAUUAUUAUUAUAAUGAGUGUUGGUCUUAGUGUAGAUUUUACUGUACAUUAUGGUGUUGCUUAUAUUAAAGCUGAUUGGAAAAGAAAUCAAGCUCAUAUUCGACGAACAUCAAUUGCUUUAAAAUCACUUCAUUUAGAUAAUGGAAAUGCUACAGAUCAAUCUUUGCUAGAACAAGUAUCUCCUAAUCAAAAUCAAGUACCAAAAAAGAAAUCCUUAUUUGCACGCAUUCAAGCUUGGCAUGCACGAGGAAAUUUACAACGUUUUCGUCGAAUUAAAAAUAGUCUUAUUCGUGUUGGUUCAGCAGUAUUUAUAGCUAGUUUAACAUCGUUUCUUGCUGGUUUAUCAAUGGCACCAAGCAAAUUAACAUCUUUUUCACAAAUGGGUUUUUUUCUUAUGUUAAUUAUGUUUGUUAGUUGGUUAUAUGCUACUUGGUUCUUCCUACCAUUACUUUCAUUUCUUGGACCAAUCGAUAAAUUUGGUGAUAUACCAUUUGGUAAAUUAUUUCGAUGUGGUAAAAUAUCAUCAACACCUAAUAACAAUGAACAACAUCAAUUACAUGAGAAUUUAAAUCAAGAACAAGCAAUUUAG